AUGGGCAGAGAUGUCGCUCACACCCGCGGCGAAAGGGGCUGUUUGUUUCUCCACCACACGCGUGCUCGGGCUACAGCAAGGCAAAGGCCACCGCGCUGUGACACGCGGGCGGAUUCUCGGCCGCGCCCCCCGAGACAAGCGGGGUCCCCGCCGCCCGCUGAGGCCCCGGGGCGGCGGGCAGGGCGCUUUUCCAGGAGCGGGCAGGGCACUUUUCCAGGAGCGGGCAGGCCGCUUUUCCAGCGGCGGGAAAGGCGCUGCUCCGCCGGCCCGGCCGCCCCGGCACAGGCAGCGCGGCCGCUUUACGGCACAGCCGUUCUGGCCUCCCGUCCGCGCUUUGCGGCUGCGUGGCUGUGGGUGGGGGGCGGGAAAGAUGUCUGAGCGGGGAGAAGCCCCGGCGGCGGCGGCACCGGCGGGAGAGAUGCCGGCGAAGAAGCAGAAGCUGAGCAGCGACGAGAACAGUAACCCCGGGGACCUGUCCGGCGACGAGAACGAUGAUGCUGUUAGUAUUGAAAGCGGUACUAACACCGAGCGCCCUGAUACGCCAACAAACACUCCUAAUGCUCCAGGCAGAAAAAGCUGGGGGAAAGGAAAAUGGAAGUCGAAGAAGUGCAAAUAUUCCUUCAAAUGUGUAAAUAGCCUAAAGGAGGACCAUGGCCAGCCUCUGUUUGGAGUCCAGUUUAACUGGCACAGUAAAGAAGGUGAUCCUCUUGUUUUUGCCACAGUAGGCAGCAACAGAGUUACUUUAUAUGAAUGUCAUUCCCAAGGAGAAAUACGUCUGUUGCAGUCUUACGUGGAUGCUGAUGCAGAUGAAAAUUUCUAUACCUGUGCAUGGACAUAUGAUAGCAAUACAAGCCAUCCUCUUCUGGCUGUGGCAGGAUCCAGGGGUAUUAUUAGGAUAAUUAAUCCUAUUACAAUGCAGUGCAUAAAGCACUACGUGGGCCAUGGAAAUGCAAUUAAUGAACUGAAAUUCCAUCCAAGAGAUCCAAAUCUUCUUUUAUCUGUAAGCAAAGAUCAUGCAUUGAGACUGUGGAACAUCCAGACAGACACGCUGGUUGCAAUAUUUGGAGGAGUAGAAGGGCACAGGGAUGAGGUGUUAAGUGCAGAUUACGAUCUUCUUGGUGAAAAAAUCAUGUCCUGUGGGAUGGAUCACUCUCUAAAACUCUGGAGAAUCAAUUCCAAGAGAAUGAUUAAUGCUAUCAAAGAGUCUUAUGAGUACAAUCCAAACAAAACCAACAGGCCUUUUGUUUCCCAGAAAAUUCACUUUCCUGACUUUUCUACAAGAGACAUACAUAGAAACUAUGUUGACUGUGUACGGUGGUUGGGAGACCUAAUUCUUUCCAAGUCUUGUGAAAAUGCCAUUGUUUGCUGGAAGCCUGGCAAGAUGGAAGAUGAUAUAGAUAAAAUCAAGCCCAGUGAGUCAAACGUGACCAUUCUUGGGAGAUUUGAUUAUAGCCAGUGUGACAUAUGGUACAUGAGAUUUUCAAUGGAUUUCUGGCAAAAGAUGCUUGCUCUGGGCAAUCAGGUUGGCAAACUUUAUGUUUGGGAUUUAGAAAUAGAGGACCCACAUAAAGCCAAGUGUACGACUCUUACUCACCCCAAGUGUGUUGCUGCCAUCCGACAGACCAGUUUUAGCAGGGAUAGCAGUAUCCUUAUAGCUGUGUGUGAUGAUGCCAGUAUCUGGCGCUGGGACAGAUUACGAUAAAGUACUUUUUCUUAAUUCAUAGAAGAAAAUAUAUUUUCAAAUUAUAAUAUAGUCUGUUAACAUGCUAGUACAGUAGAUGCAUUUAGUGUAGACUUUCUCGAAGGUUCGGCAGGCUGGAGCUGGACUUAGUGAUGUUUACAUUCUGUGUAUUGUUCUGCUUGAAAUUGCUGCUUUUAAUAAAAAGAAGUAUUUUUGUAAAGUU